AAGUGUGGCUGAGUCUUUGUGUGGGUUUCUGUGGGACUCGUCGUGUUCACCUGUCUGUGGUUUAUUCUCGUUUCUGCCAGACAGACUGACCUUUUUUUGCACCGGAUAACCAUAAAAACUCAAACCUCUUUUUUUCCCUCUUUCUCUUUUCAUGAGCCUUUUUUUUUUUUAUCUUUCAGCUAAAUAUGAGCUCCAAAAAGCAAAGCAGGUGGAAUGAGGCACUGCCAACCACAAAGACCAACAAACCUGUACAGAAAGACAGAGAAAAUGAGCUCAGAGCCUGUGUUGGAAGUAAACUGAACUCCAGCAGCGCUCUGAAAACCAGUGGGAGAAGCAGCAAAGGAAGUGACUCGGCAGCAGCUGAGAAUAAAGCCGUUGGUGGCAAAGGCAGCAUCAGCACCCAGGGUACCAGAGCAUCCUCUCAGCCUGUAAAACCAUCUCGUCGCCUGCCAAGCAGCCGCAGCCUUUCCUCCCUCCAAGCCUCCUCUCUCACUACCGCUCCGUUCAUGAGAAGCAGCCGCUCACUCAGCAGACUUGAUGAAAGAUCCUCUGAACAUGCAUGUGAUACUAAUGCAAGUUUACAAGUAACAAAAGCCAGAGGUACUGGCAGGAAAACACUGGAAUCUGGCAGGCUUUCAUCCUCUGUGGAGAGAAUAAGUAGCUCCACUCAGCUGCAACCAUCCUCCUCCUCCGUGGUCUCCACUGCUGUAUGCCAUCAUCAGACCACCAAAGAAAGGAAGCAGAUCAAAGAUGGGGUUUACACGCUGUGCGCAAUGACCGCUGGGAUGCGACGCAACUGGGUGCAAGCAGUUUUUAAAAAUGUGCAGCCCAUUUGUACUCCAGUCUACACAAGUCUUCCUCCGAGCUCUCUUGGUGAGAACAACGAAGAUCAGCUGGAGGACUGUGAAGAUCCACAUGAAGACCAGCAACCACAGCAGCUGGAGGGACGACAAAUCCUGACUGAUUUAGAUUUGUCCUCCCCUCAUCGCCCUGUUUCCCCCUCUUCUUCAUCUACUCAGACACCUGCAGAUCCUCCACAGCAGGUGGAGAAGACAGAAGAAGCCCAAACCACUGGUGGGACAGGCGCAUCCGUAUCUGUUGAAGGAUUCCAGAGUGACAGCUCUUCUUCCACGGAGGUUCUGUCCGAUGGAGAGGAUUUCAGAGAACGUUCGGAUAUCAAGACUGCAGCUGAACAACUGAGUUCAUGUAAAGAGGAAACUAAGCCACAAAAGGAAGUGCAACAGGUAUCGAUAAACCCAGUGUGUGCAAAAGACCAAGAAUCACUGCAAACUGGGCAACUCGUCAAAGAGCUGGAACAAACACAAAGAGAACUGUCACGAAUCCAACAGCUGAACAAGACUCUACAGAAAGAACUGCGACAAGAAAAAGAGAUUAACUCAGGGAAACUUCUUCAUGUGCAGAAUGACACCAAUUCAUCUCCAGAGACUUUCCAGCGACUGCAGAGGAUAAAUCACAACCUCCGUAUGGAGAUUGAAGAGCUGAAGAGGAGUCAGGAGGAGGCCCGGGAGGCAGAGCUUCGGCGAAGGGUCGACCUCUUGGCCCAGCAGGCCCAGCUUCUGGUUACAGGAGAUGCAACAGCGCUCGCUCAAAUGCAUCUGGAGCAGGAUCGUCAGCGGUUUCUGGAGCAGCAGCAGGAAUGGGAGAACCGUGUGGCUUCUCUAAAGGCUCAGCUGAAGGUCAGUGAAGAGAAAAGGAAGGAGACCGAGUCCCAGGUGAUCCAGCUGCAGCAGGAGCUGCAGAGUCAACAGGGCCUCCAAAAGGAGGCCGAACAGCUGCAGAAAAACCUCCAGGAGAUGUCGGCUCAGCUUCGUGCUUAUGAAGAAGCUCAGGCAGAGAAAGAGGCCCGGCUGCAAAAACACCUCUUGCUCCUUCAGGCGAGUCAGGAGAGAGAAAGAAGGAGCCUGGCUGCCAGCCUGGAUCAGGCAGAGCAACACUCCCAGGACCUGCAGGACAAACUGGAGAGGGCCGAGCAACAGCUGGAGAGCCUGACCAAGACCAAGACGUGGACAAAGCAGAUCGAAGAGGCGCAACAGCAGCUGCAGGAGGAGUUAGCAUCUACCCUGUCAGCCGUCCAGCAUUUGCAAGAGGAACGGGAACAGCUGCAUCAUCGCUGUCAGGAGCUGCAGAGCCAGCUGUCAGAAGCUGACAGGGAGGUGGGCAGGCUGCAAGGUCGGCUGAAAACAGAGGAGACCCACUACUAUGACCUGGAGCACUCAUAUGAGAGAGUCUGUGAAGAGCUGCAGGUGGCAUUAGGUAAGAUGCAGCAGUGGGAGUCUGAAACCGAGGAAAUUCGGGAAGGCUACGAAAGACUGCUGGACAGGAAGGAGCAGGAGCUGAGUGAGGUGCUGCUGAAGAUGGAGGUCUUAGGUAACAGCUUAGAGGAGACAGAAGUGAAGUUGAAUGAAGUGAUGAGAGUUUGCACCUGUUCUUCUCCUCAGUUCAAGGAAAAGGGCCACCAACAAACUCUUGAACCUCAUAGCUCUCAGUUGAUGAAGGUAGAAUCCGGUAGAACUCGAUCUCGCUCAGUCGAUGCAUCGUCCCAUCACAUUUCCACUGCAGGGGAUGAUCCAGAAAAAUUUAUGUCUGUAAUCCAGCUGCUUGAAACUAAGCUCUUCCUCAGCGAGGAGAAGCUUAGAGGCAUCACUGAGAGACUGAAGGAUCACCAGGGACACAUCAGCUGCCAGGACCCCCACCUCUGCUCCCAGUUGACCCAAAGCCGAGCCACAUCCCAGCACCUCAGCCUGCUGCUCCACAGCCAGGCCAAGCAGAGCCAGCGCUUCGCCCAGGAGACGGAGGCCCGCUGCAGGAUGCUGGUUGGACGGUUUCAGGUGGCUCUGAACGUCGUCCAGGCCUGCAGGGAGAGGCUUCAGGCCACUCCGGUUAACGUCCCAGACAUGGAGAGGCAGCUUGCUGGGGUGGCUGGCUGCCUUCAGCAAGGGGAGAAGGAUGCAGAGAGACUCCAGCAGGAGUCACGGAAUGCGUGCAAGGAAGAAGGGAAGAUCCUCAGUGAUGAUAAACUAGUUGGAGCUGAGGGAGACAUUGUUUCUAAACUCACCAGCACCCGACCUUUGCAUGAUAUUUCAGAUGUUGAGAAGUAUGUAAUCAAUGAGCUGUUUGUUGUAGAGAAAAUGCUUUCUGUCCUGCAGAAUCAAAAUGGGAUCUGUGAGUUAUCUGCAGGCAGAAAGGACGAUAAAGGUGAUUUGGUUCAAGGUUACAAAACCUUGAUUUCCCAAAUCCUGAACUUAAAAGCUGAGGAAAAAAUGGAGUCCAGGAGAACCGGAUGCAACAGCGAGCAGCUUCUAGAGAGCAUGAUUGGUAGGUUUUGUGCUGAAGCUGAGCUUCUUUAUGCUGCUCUUAAACUUCAGCAAAAAAACGUGACUCAAGUAAGCAUUCACGAUCAAAGGGAAGGCCUGGCAGAUCUCAGUCCCUCUGAGUUGUCUUUCUAUGAUGAGAAGGCUAAAGAUUUAGCCAGACAUGUAGCACAAAGCACACCAAAUCGAUUUGGGGAUAAAAAGGUUGAGAAAGAGAGAGAAAGAGGUUUGUUAGAACAAAUUGUGUCUCGGUUGCAAAAUCGAGCUAGAUUCCUCUGCCAGGUGUGCCAGGAGAUUUCUGCUAAUAACACACAUGUCCAAGAAAGUAGGGACUAUAGCGGGGACAGAGUUUCUGCAGCUGAUUGGAUUUUUUUGCAGGAGCAGGUGAAGAUGAUUUAUUUGUCCGACAGGCUUCAUUUAGACAUAAAACAAGAGUUUCAGCAAAGGAAGGCAUCUCAGGGCAACCUGCAAGAUCUUUGCAAAGAGGGAGAUUAUAGCAUGAUAGAUGAGCAGGAUGUUUUAAAUGAAGCCUUGAACCAGCUUCAGGAAGAUAACAGUGCACUAAGAGAGGAACUGGAGCGUGCAGAGCAGAAGAUAACGUCGGCAGAGACCGGAAACCAAAGACUUCUGGAAGACAUGCAGAAAAUCGAGGAUUAUCACAAGGAGCGGAUACAGAACCUAGAGGCAGAGUUUCAACAGAAGAUAAAAGAACUGCAACAGAUUCAUGAGGAGGAGAUGAAGCAGCUGCAUGGCUUCUACUCCAAAUCUUGUUCUUCUAAAGAAAAACAGAACAAAUUCUGCACAGAGGAGGUUUCUCCUUUAGUAGAAGGACCCUCCACUCCUCCUGCCCAGGCUGUGGCAGAGAGUAAAGCAAAUGGAGCUAUCAUGAGAGAGGCUUACCUGAAAGAACUGGAAAAGUUGCAGGCGUCAUGUGAUCUUGGGUUUACUUCCAUGGAAGAAAUGCACAGGAAGGUUAUAGAGGACCUCCAGCAGGAGCAUCAGAAGCAGGUAACCAACCUUCUGAAGGAGAAAGACCAGCUCCUGCAGGAAGAGACAGCUGCUACUAUGUCAGCGAUUGUAGCAAUGCGAAGAGCCCAUAAAAAGGAGCUGGAGAGGAGCAGACAAUUUCAGCAGAUCAGGGAGAGUGCAGACAUCAGUGAACUCCACCUGGAAUAUGAGAAGGAGAUCCAAUUAUUGCAGAGGGAGCUGGAGGUGUUGUCGGAUCAGCACACAAAGAAAUGCCUGGAAAACUCUGAGCUGAGCCAGGAGCUGCAGAAUGAGAGGGAAUCAGUAACACAGUGCAAGAAAGAAAACCAGGAACUCAAAGAGAUGCAGACGACUCUGAGGACACAGGAGGCAGAGAUGCAACAUCUAAAACAGGAAGCCCUCUCUCUCAGAGAGGAAUUGGCAAUUGCACAAAUGGACAAAGUUUAUGCAGAGAAUAAACUGAAGGCCCUCCAUACACAUAAUUACAAUGAAGCCAAGUUUGCCACAUGGACUCCAAGCCGAGAUACUUCAGGACAUCAUGCUGAUGACACUGUGACGAACAACCCUGCUACCAAAAAGAAAGAGAAAUCCUCCUUCUUGCGUCAAAUUCGGGGAUUCAGAUCAAAGAGUUUAAAAGAUGGACUUUCUACACAAGAAAGGAGGAAGUUGUUUGAGUCGUCAUGAUUUACUGGAGGUGAACCGACCUCACAGAUACGAUGCCUGAUUUUUAGACUUCUGUGAAUAAAGAGACAUUUGUAUUGUUGUUCAAAA